AUGGCACAGGACAAGAAAUCUUUCAACGCGAGAAAAUUCUUCAUCGACUUGGCCUCAGGAGGUAUUUCACUUGCUUUAUAUAACUUUCUAGAGCUUUCAAUUCAAUUUUUCGGAAAAAAUUAUUUUAUAACUUCAGUUUUAAUUUUGGAUAUACGCUCAAUACAUGAAAAAAACUUAUUCAGCGUGUUCAAAAUCCUUUAAUUGAGAAAGCUAAAGUUUAAAAAAAGCUCCGAGGGAACAUUGGGAACAUUUCGUGUUUUUCUUACUGAUAAUUUGUAGGUACCGCUGCUGCCAUUUCGAAAACCGCUGUCGCUCCGAUCGAACGUGUGAAGCUUCUCCUUCAAGUACAUUUUUGACCAAAUUUGCUGUUACUAAAUAAUUUUCGACAGGUCCAAGAUGCUUCCAAGACUAUCGCCGUUGACAAGCGAUACAAGGGAAUCAUGGACGUCCUCACUCGUGUUCCCAAGGAGCAGGGCUUCACCGCCCUGUGGCGUGGAAACUUGGCCAACGUCAUCCGAUACUUCCCUACGCAAGCGUUGAACUUCGCUUUCAAGGAUACAUACAAGAAGGUGUUCUUGGAAGGUCUCGACAAGAAGAAGGAUUUCUGGAAGUGAUUCAAUCAUUUUUGGACUAGACUGAUAUUUGUGUUAUAGGUUCUUCGCUGGUAACCUUGCCUCCGGUGGUGCUGCUGGAGCUACCUCUCUCUGCUUUGUCUACCCGUUGGACUUCGCCAGAACGCGUCUUGCCGCUGAUGUUGGAAAGGGUGCCGAUCGUGAAUUCAAGGGUUUGGCUGACUGCCUGAUCAAGAUCGUCAAGUCUGAUGGCCCAAUCGGCCUCUACAGGUAACCUUUUUUUUAUCUUCUAGUAAAUGCAUUCUGUUUACAGAGGAUUCUUCGUAUCUGUGCAGGGUAUCAUUAUCUACCGUGCUGCUUACUUCGGUAUGUUCGACACGGCUAAGAUGGUCUUCGCUUCCGAGAAGCAGUUGAACUUCUUCGCUGCUUGGGGUAUCGCUCAAGUUGUCACCGUUGGUUCUGGAAUCCUGUCCUACCCAUGGGACACUGUUCGUCGUCGUAUGAUGAUGCAGUCUGGCCGAAAAGAGAUUCUCUACAAGAACACCCUCGACUGCGCCAAGAAAAUCAUUGCCAACGAAGGAAUUUCCGCUAUGUUCAAGGUUAAUCAAUUUUUGAAGAAAAAAUUUUAAAAAUUUUUUAAAUUUAAGGGAGCUCUCUCCAACGUGUUCCGUGGAACUGGUGGUGCCCUCGUUUUGGCCAUCUACGACGAAAUCCAGAAGUUCAUUUAA